AGAGCGAGCGAGCAAGUGCGUGUUCUCGUACACUCACGCGCUCGAUCCACUUGUCUUGCGCUGUUCCGUAAACAUGGACAUUCAUGCAGGGCAGCUGGCCGCUCGCGGAGAAGCCCUAGCCUAGCGAAUUUAGCUCGCCUUCGUCAGUCUGUCAACAUGGAGGACGAGGAGGACGUGUCGGCCGACCCCUACUUGCCCUACGACGGGGGAGGCGACACCAUUCCUCUGCAGACGAUUCCCAAAAGAGGUUCUAACUACGUCAUGUCUAACGGGGGCGGUGUGGCCAGCAGUACCACCCACCUGCUGGACUUCCUGGAGGAGCCCAUCCCGGGGGUGGGCACGUACGAUGACUUCCACACCAUCGACUGGGUCCGCGAGAAGUGCAAGGACCGCGAGAGGCACCGCAAGAUCAACAGCAAGAAGAAGGAGUCUUCAUGGGAGUUUUCCAAGAGCGUGUACGAUGCCUGGUCCGGCUGGCUGGUGGUGACUCUGACCGGCCUGGCCUCAGGUGCUCUGGCCGGUCUCAUUGACAUCGCGGCCGAUUGGCUAAACGACCUGAAGGAGGGCGUGUGCCUCAGCGCCAUGUGGUUCAACCACGAGCAGUGCUGCUGGACGUCCAACGAGACCACCUUCGCCGAGAGGGACAAGUGUCCGCAGUGGAAAAGCUGGGCGGAGCUUAUACUGGGGCAGGCGGAAGGCCCAGGCUCGUACAUCAUGAACUACUUCAUGUACAUCUACUGGGCGCUGUCCUUCGCUUUCCUGGCCGUCCUUCUGGUCAAGGUCUUCGCCCCGUACGCCUGCGGCUCAGGGAUCCCCGAGAUCAAGACCAUCCUAAGCGGGUUCAUCAUCCGGGGCUACCUGGGGAAGUGGACCCUGCUGAUCAAGACCAUCACUCUGGUGCUGGCCGUGGCCUCGGGCCUCAGCCUGGGCAAGGAGGGGCCCCUGGUGCACGUGGCCUGCUGCUGUGGCAACAUCUUCUCCUACCUCUUCCCCAAGUACAGCAAGAACGAGGCCAAGAAGAGGGAGGUCCUGUCGGCGGCCUCUGCAGCGGGGGUGUCGGUGGCGUUCGGGGCACCCAUAGGGGGGGUGCUCUUCAGCCUGGAGGAGGUGAGCUACUACUUCCCCCUGAAGACGCUGUGGCGCUCGUUCUUCGCCGCCCUGGUGGCGGCGUUCGUGCUGCGCUCCAUCAACCCCUUCGGGAACAGCCGCCUGGUGCUGUUCUACGUGGAGUACCACACGCCCUGGUACCUGUUCGAGCUGCUGCCCUUCAUCCUGCUGGGCGUGUUCGGGGGCCUCUGGGGGGCCUUCUUCAUACGGGCCAACAUCGCCUGGUGCCGGCGACGCAAGUCCACCCGCUUCGGCAAGUACCCAGUGCUGGAGGUGAUCCUGGUGACGGCCAUCACAGCCGUGGUGGCCUUCCCCAACCCGUACACGCGGCAGAACACCAGCAUGCUCAUCAAGGAGCUGUUCACGGACUGCGGCCCGCUGGAGUCCUCGCAGCUCUGCCAGUACCGCAGCCAGAUGAACGGAAGCAAGGCCUUCAACGAGACCCCCAACCGGCCCUCCGCGCCCGGGGUCUAUGCCGCCAUGUGGCAGCUCUGCCUGGCGCUCAUCUUCAAGGUCGUCAUCACCAUCUUCACGUUUGGACUCAAGGUCCCCUCCGGCCUGUUCAUCCCCAGCAUGGCCAUCGGCGCCAUCGCGGGCCGCAUCGUGGGCAUCGCCAUGGAGCAGCUGGCCUACUACCACCACGACUGGUUCAUCUUCAAGGAGUGGUGCGAGGUGGGCGCCGACUGCAUCACGCCCGGCCUGUACGCCAUGGUUGGGGCGGCCGCCUGCCUCGGCGGCGUGACGCGCAUGACGGUCUCCCUGGUGGUCAUCGUGUUCGAGCUGACGGGCGGCCUGGAGUACAUCGUGCCCCUGAUGGCGGCCGUCAUGACCAGCAAGUGGGUGGGCGACGCCUUCGGGCGCGCCGGCAUCUACGAGUCGCACAUCCGGCUCAACGGCUACCCCUUCCUGGACGCCAAGGAGGAGUUCACGCACACCACGCUGGCCCGCGAGGUCAUGCGGCCGCGGCGCAGCGACCCGCCGCUGGCCGUUCUGACCCAGGACGACCUGAGCGUGGAGGAGCUGCAGGCGGUCAUCAGCGAGACCAGCUACAACGGCUUCCCCGUCAUCGUGUCCAAGGAGUCGCAGCGGCUGGUGGGGUUCGCGCUGCGCCGCGACAUCACCAUCGCCAUCGAGAACGCGCGGCGUAAGCAGGAGGGCAUCGUGCUGGCCUCCAGGGUCUACUUCACGCAGCACGCCCCCACGCUGCCCGCCGACAGCCCGCGGCCCCUGAAGCUGCGCUCCAUCCUGGACAUGAGCCCCUUCACCGUCACCGACCACACGCCCAUGGAGAUCGUGGUGGACAUCUUCCGCAAGCUGGGCCUGCGCCAGUGCCUGGUAACCCACAACGGGCGCCUGCUGGGGAUCAUCACAAAAAAGGACAUCCUACGUCACAUGGCGCAGAUGGCCAACCAAGACCCCGACACCAUCAUGUUCAACUAGUGCGCUCCUUCACGGGCCGCCGCCUCGCGUCGCCGUCACCGCGGCAACCGCCCGCCACAGCGGCCAGCGACGAGGAGGUCCGCCUCCUGGACGACUCUGAAUACUAACACAUUUCUCUCACACACACGUACCCACCUACCCCAACCAUCGCCUCGAUGAGGUCAUCGCCGUGGGUCACCCUCUGUGUAUAUAAACCCCGCCCCCGUCCGCGCUCCACCGCACACUAGAGGGCAGACGGACGGACGGACUCCUGAGACUAUUCCCCCCGCCCCUCCCCCCUCCCUUCGCUGGUUGGCGAGAAGAGGAAGAGGAGGAGGAGGAGGUGGGAGAGACAUUUGGACACUGGGGUGCCAUCACUCCAGAUGAGAACCCAGGUGGUGCAUGGGAGACAUGAGAGAGACACUGACACACACACACACACACACACACACACACACACACACACACACAAGUUUUGAUCAAACCACUACACACACACACGAGUUUUGAUCAAACCACUACACACACACACAAGUUUUGAUCAAACCACUACACACACACACGAGUUUUGAUCAAACCACUACACACACACACACCUACCUAUUUUGGUCGUACCUUUUUUGCACUCACAGAUCACACACACUCAAACCUGCGAAACGCAUGCUGUCCUUUGUUUUCAAAUGCACUCUGCUAUCCAGACACACACACACACACACUGUUGGCCGCUGCUCUACUGUGUCCGGUUUCGGGAGAUGGGGGGCGAGGGGGGAUCCUAGUGCUGGGACAGACCUGGGGGUUCAAAGGUCAGAAUGAUCAGCUGCCAUGCGAGGAGGGACCUUCCCUGUGCUUGCACACACCCUCUAACACUAUUUGCACGUGGUGCGUUGUGUGCUUGACUGCUUGUGCUUGUGCGUGUGCUUGUGCGUGUGUUUGCGCGCGUGUGUGCAUUCUAUACUAACUCUACAUUCCAGGCAGUGUGUAGUAAAAUGUGUUGGACACAUGCAAGACUGUCCAUCUCCUGCAAGGUGUGUGUGUGUGUGUGUGUGUGUGUGUGUGUGUGUGUGUGUGUGUGUGUGUGUGUGUGUGUGUGUGUGUGUGUGUGUGUGUGUGUGUGUGUGUGUGUGUGUGUGUGUGUGUGUGUGUGUGUGUGUGUGUGUGUGUGUGUGUGUGUGUGUGUGGGGUCUGUACUGGAUUUCAAGAUUGCCUACUUUCUGAGCCGAGGUGUGUGUGUGGAAGAUGAGCCUGGGCGUUUAGUGACCUCUCUCCGUGGAAAUAAAGGUGUCUCAGUGAAACACAAUGGGGUUUAGCUAGGUCUGUGAUUUACUUUGUCGAGGAGAAAGCAAAAUAAUCACUUCUGCUCCUCCUCAAAAUGAGUAACGUGGCUUCUUCUUUUAAGUAUUGAUCCUGCUAUAAUCUACUAAUGUUUUAUGGCUUGAAAAUAGAAACGAACGAAGACUGGAAUACCUGCUGCACUGUAGAUCCGAUGGAGUCGGUCCUGAUGAUGAAGUUGUGAGGGGGGUGAUGCUGCAAAGUGACUGCCUGUUCUUUUAUUUUUUUUUGUAUUUCCCUUCCUCUCCCGGGAUCUGGGUCUUGUGAUGUCGUCUGUGAGAACUGUUUGUUAAACACUUAGUCUCUCCCCCACAUCGCUUGGCUGAAGAAACAAGAGCAGCCAUCUUCCUCGAGACCCCCCUCCCCCACCUCCAUCACUGCCGCAGUGUCAACCCGCAUACGUGCAUGAGUAUAUUUGUACAAACACUCCGUUCACACUUUUAAUACGAGGUCAGCGACCUACGUCACCUGUCAUAGACUAAUUAAGAUAAGAACCACUUUCCUACAGUGAACUAAAUCCCUGUCUUUGUCCUUAAUGAAUCAGUGAUUAAACCAAUAGGCUGAAUUAGCGCUAGUCUAUUGGUCUUGUUUGUGUUCAUGUAUGCGAUGGUCAGCCUCAAACAAGAAUCAAAGAAAAUGAGUCCUUCGUGCCCCUGUCCAAUGUGUAUGAAUUUAUGCUUUUAUUUGAUGUCAUGGAAAUGCAAAAUUAGGGCAGCCAAUGUCAUGCAACAAACAGUUUAAUAUUUGUACCCUGAUUGCAACCAAAUUUGCACAAUGUUGGAAUUUAACAGAAGCCCCCUUUCUUGGCCCACUCUCGUUUCCAUGGUAACGUCACGUACAGUCAUUGUCAGGCCUUUCUUGGAUGCUUCCCAGUAUCAGUAUAAAAAAAAAAGAUGUACGUUUAAACUAACUCGACUAAUAAAAUGAAGGAUUUUAUGUUCUACAGAUGGUAACGGCUACUGUGCGUUCACACCAGAAGCGAAGGCGCGGCGCGAAUACAUACAAAGUCAAUGCAAUGACGCAAACGGAUUCACAUUUUACAAGAGUGAGUUGUAGAAUAACAAGGAAAGUAGGGGUCAUUCGUUCUUGUUUUUUUUCAUUGCAUUUGUGUUUUUGUGUGAGGAGAGAAAACGUCGGCGUUGUCUGGCCCGUGGUGUGUCGCCUAACCCUAUUUCAUACUGACCUCGAUUUGUCACCCUUCUGUUUAUUUAUGGCUCGUGGUAUUUAGAGUUGUUCAUUAUUGUGAUGAGGAAUUAAUGUAUGAUUUACUUCAUGGUUUGAUUGUACAUUUAAAACAAAAUAUGUAAAGAAUAAAUUUGGUUUUGAGUAAAACAAAUAAAAUUGUGUCAUGUCUGUAGUUGUCCAUGUGAUGUGCCAAUUUCAGUCGUCAAGGCGUUGCUGUUCUUCAUGCAGGAGCACCGAGUAGCAUCCAGCUGGCGCCCCGGAGCCGAACACUGGUGUGAAAACACAGUGAACACACUGAAGUAAUUGAGGUUGGAAAACAUUUUUUAAAUUAGAUUAAUCCUUAUUUGAAUGACAUUUUAACAAGAAAAACGUUGAAAACUCGACUGGGGCCAUUUUGGGGCAACUGACUCAAAACGUUGAAAAAGGCCGAAAAAAGCCGACCUGCCACACACAGUGAGUUGCAACACCAAAAUGUUCGGCUCCGGGGCGCCCGCUGGAUGCUAUUGG